AAAUGGGAGUGCUAAGUUGAUUUUUAAAAUCCAUGCAAAUAGUAUAUAUAGUUAUUUAAUAAACAAAAAGUUUUGUUUAGAAGAAACAAAUAAAAAAUGGAUAUUGAUACGGCGAGUGACAAUACGUCUAUUGACGACAAAACCGAAGAUUUUUGUGAUAACCCGACUAGAGAUGCCUUGACAGAAGGGCUCAUGAGUCUACUGAAGCCUACUGUUGAUCAGCUGGAUGAACGAAUCCGUGCGACGAGAAUUAGUCAGAUAGAAUUGAAGCAGCAGAUUGAGUCAUUGACUGAAGAGCUGGUGAAAAUCUCCGAGUACCUACAGUGUCCCUUCGAAUUGGACAGUUAUGUCAAGAAGUUGGUGAACGCCAAGCAACGUGUCACUGUCGUGAGUAAUAUUUUGCAAACAACUCAGGAAAGGCUGAACAAAGUCCACGACGCCGUGGAAAAAGACACUGCUAAGAGGAAAGCUCUGCUAGAUCACAGUCCUAUUUAUUCAACAGAGGUUAAAAGCGACCAGAAGGAUGCUGAUAAUCCUACAGUAGAUCAAGAAGCUCAUCAGAAAAAUCAGGAUCCAGAUUCUAAAGAUUCUCCUGGUGAAACGUCAAAACAGUAA